CAUCCAACCAAUCAACAACGAGCUUUUAUUACAAAUUUAACUAAUAAUUUUCCGUGUUUCAGGUUAGCGUCCUUAGAAGUUUCCGUUUGUUUUGUUUUAAAAGCAAAAUAGAACGACCGUCUUUUCAGAGUUUUUUGGCCAUGUCGAAGGCGUUUAACGACCCAAGUUUGCUCACGAAAGACCGCUUGAAGAAGGAACUCGAAAGCAGAGGUGUAAAAUUGCCGCGAGGCGACCAAAAAAAGGAGUUUUACGUGAGACUAUAUCGUGAGACUGUAUCGCGUGAGACUAUAUCUGUGAACGGCGAGUUUAGCUCAGACGAUGAUACAGAAUUUGACCAAUCUCCACAAAACAAGGUAUUUCUGAGUGCAGGAGAAGAUAUGCCUCAUACGCAAAAAUUUCAUAUUGUUAAAUCUUUGUUAAAAUACGGUUGUAAAUAAACUCUUGCACUCCACAAUAAUUUGCAUGUUUGAAAACAGUCGUGGUCCUGCUUUCGCUUUUAGGAUUAAUAUGAUAAAUUUGAAUUCUUUUUUUAUAUAUUUAAAUGCUUGUUAUAACCUUGACCUAAACAUGUACGCUUUUAUAAAUGCUUAAAAAAUAACUGCUGGCUUGCUGUUUGAAUAAACUGUUUAGACUUCGUUAGGUUCAUGCUGAGUAUAACAGUAAUUAAUGUUGGUUUAGGCAUGGAAUUUUAUAUAUACAAUAGCCAAUCAAAAAUCCGUACAAUUAGUACAUUUAUUCAUAAUUGCACAAUUUUUGAGAUACCCAAGACAGUUUAGGAUUGACAGGUAGAUGUUGAUAUAAGCAGGUAGUUAUUUAAUUAUUACAUACCUUGGUUGGCCAGAAAACCACUUGGGCUUUGUUUAUAGUUACCCAGGUAUGGUACCUGUAAAGUGCUGAACUUUGUACCAAUCACUGCAUAGUUUCAGGAUUGAAUCCUAGCGAAACACUUUCUUUAGAUGGGAUUCUGUCAUUCAAUUAUUUUGGAUUGAUUUCCAUAUUAAUGAACAAAAAAUAGCCCUGUUUACACAAGCAAAUUUUAUUUGUCAAAUUUCAUUUGAUCAAAUGCAUUUAAUCAAAAGCUAGCAUGCUAGCUUUUGUUUGAAUGCAUUUGUCACACUGAAUUUGUCACAAAUUUAUCAUUUACACAAGCAAAAUAUCUUUGGCAUAUGAAAUUUGCCAAACAGAAUUUGCUCGUGUAAACGGGGCUUAACCCUAAGUCAUUUCAGAGUACUUAUACGAAAGCAAUCCAUUUCUUCACUUCAGCAAAUAGUGCCGAGAGGAAGUCGCAGCAUCCGAAAGGCUGCCUCCAAAGAUAUUGUGAGCGUAGAGAUCAAGUCAUUGACAGAUGAAGAACUCAAGCGAGAAUUGUCGGCUCUGGGUUCCCCUGUUGGACCUAUCAUGUCUAGUACCAGAGGACUUUACGAAAGAAAACUAGGUACAACACAAUUGUAUAAUCAUAAAUGCCUUCCCGAACUCGUAAACCAUUAAAAGUUUGCUUUAUAUUGACAUUAUGAAAACACUGCAUUUUUAAGAACAAGCUUCCGUUGAUAUACCCUGGGUGCCAGAGCCACGCACCGCGAGGAGCCUCGCACCGCGAGGUGCCACGCACUUACAGAUUUUCCCAAAUAAUCACUGGAUAUUUGGUACUGGUAACUGAACUUUUAAUGUCUUUCAUACAGCUCGAAUGCGUGAAAGUGUACAGAACAAUGGAAUGACCACCAUAACAAAAUCUGAGUUUUCUGACGACAACUUUGAUGAAGAGGAAGUGCAUGAUGAAGAGAGUGCUCCUGACGAUGGUAGCCAAACUUUUCUCAAUUUGCCUUUUCCUAAAUUUUACUUUAUUUGCUAUAGGUGGUGAAUUCAUACCCAAUGUUUUCCCUUUCAGAAUUCUUCUAUAAGCGGCAAGAAAGGAAUCGCAGAAGUGGUGGGGAUUUUGGCCAAACUUUCACCAAGAACUUCCAGGACACAUCAUCCAAGAAGGAAGUCAGUCGUGAUUUCUCAGUUUCCUCGUCACGAAACGUCGAACGUAGCUCGUCGUUUGACCGCAAAACAAUGAACAAAGUUCGUACGAAGAAAGGCGAUAAAUUCGAGGAGCAGAAUUGGUCCAGUUCCAGUAAUAAUGAGAAUGCUGAUGACGCUGAAGAUGGUGCUGAUGUCUUACAGUUACCUGGUUUACCAUCUAGCUUCCAGCAAGCAUUGACUGCUGCUAGGUUGGUAAAAUUAAUUAAUUUUGGUACAAUAGACCUUAUGCAUAAUGAUGUCACAAGAAUUGAGAGGAAUGCUGGUCUUAGUAGUCAUCACCCGGGAAAAUUUCGAUACUGGACCAGCUUUCCUCUCGGGCAUCAACCCUUGUGACAUCAUUUAGCAUAAGGUCUCUUACCAUAAUUGUGGCUCCCUGGCUUGUAAGCCCGAAACACAAUCUUGUUUGAGCUGCAUCCAUUGCAAUUCACCAUUCAGUUAUUCACAUGUAAUAAACAAUGGUUAGCAAACCACUAAUGUAAGUUUAUUAAAAAUUCUCUCAUUUAGAUUCAGUCCAGAAAAAUCGCCGCCGGCAACCGAGAUGCGAGCAAGAGCCUCUCGACAACAGGAAUCAGAGUCAGUUCCCGAGAACAUUCCUGAGACGAAAGUGGCAGAGGAAAAACCAAAAAUGCCAAAACCAAAAACCUCAAGAACGUGGCGCUGGGUCUUGUUCAUUAUUAUUGUGAUUUUGAUCAUUUUUGCCGGUGCUGUGGUGUAUAAUGUUGAGAAGUUACCUGUGUUGAAUAAACAAUUGGCUUCGCCAGGACCACCUGCUAAUCCAAAUGACACAACACAAUGACGUUUUUACGCACAAUUUCUGUUCAUAACUUAGCAUAGGCUGCAUAGCAUAGUUUAAACUGUAUGUACAAAAUUCAUAGAAAUACAUUAGAUUUUUCAUCAAAAUUAUGCAAGACAUGUGAUUGAAUUUGAUUGUGUUACAAAAGGUGCAUUUAUGUAAUGUACACACACGUAAAAACACACAAGUUGUAACAAGUCUGCAAACAGGCUGUUACAAGUCUGUUCACAAGCUGUCAACAAUGACAACAAGUUGUGUUCGCACUGCUUGUUCCCAGAUUGUUGUAACAAGUUUGAAACAAGCUGUUAACUUGUAACAAGCUUGAUGGCAUUAUCAGACUUGUUACAAGACUGUGCUAACAAGUUUGUUACAGCCAUGAUAUAACAAGGAUGUUACAAGGUUGUCAACACAAGGUUGUAACAAUCUUGUUAUACCAAGCAUAUAACAGACUUGUCAGAACAACCUUGCAACAAGUCUGAAAAUUUCAACAAGGUUGUCAACAAGUCGUUCCAAACUUGUGAUAAGCAGUGCGAAUACAUCUUGUUGACAGCUUGUUGGCACACUUGUUACAAGAUGCGAGAU